GGGAUGGGAUAGAAGAAUGGAGAGAGACGUGGAAGCAGAUCAAAGCCAGGCAAACAGUGCGAGAAGCAGGAGAAGGAGGAACAACGAGGAACAACGCAGCAGCAGACCCUGGGAAGAUGAAGCAGCAAAAAAACAGCUCGACUCUGAGGAAGCUCCAGCACUCUUUGGUCGUGACGAUGGAGCCUCCUCAGCAACCGUCUCUUUCGCCGGGCCGUGCCACAUCGGGAAACUCACAAAGUGGCAAACCACCGCUGCGGCGCGGCACCACUGUGCUGGAUGAUGCGGGCAAACGUGUAACUGCGUUGUUGAGUUCGAGUCCUGCUGGGGGUGCUUUUUUGGCGAUGGUUUUAUUGCGAUGGUAUUUUUGGGGCAUGAGCUUCUUUGGAGGUGGAAAACACUCACCACCAGCCAUGGCAGAGAGGGCAUACAAGGCCCACAGGACCCACAUGAACAGGUUGGUCGACGUCCAGCAGUAUGACUUGUUGCUCACCUACUUGGAGUCCUCCUUCUUCAACAGCUUGCCUGAGCUCGAUGCAAUACCCUCGCUCCAGAUCUUCCAGACCUUGCUCACUUUAUCCACAUUUUUCCUUUUCAGCAACUAUGCUGUUCUCAAGCGAAACUUGCCCAGUUACUACAGUGAUGAGAGCUAUUUUACCAACAAGCCAAUUCACAGCAGAGCCAUCAAUGUCUUGUACAACUUCUACAACUUCGGCGUCACCAAAAACCCUAAAAAGAAACAGUUAAAGAAGCAAUACGAAAAGAAUAUCCGAAUUCUCGAAAAGUUACUGAUCAAUGAGGAGAAUAAAGAUGAUGAGGACGGUGAAAACAAUGGAAACAAUGGAAACAAUAGAAACAAUGGAAACAAUGGAAAUAAAUGUAAAACAGACACUGAAAUUAAUAAUGAUGACCAUUUUUACAUGGGCGAAUUAAACAAAAUAUACAUUCCAAAAGAGCACAAAAGAGAAAUCAAGUCUCAAUUGCUAGGUCUAAUGUCUUUCAUUAAACCAAAUAAAGACACCCAUUUUAAAAAAAGAAGACGAAAUGUUAAUUACACAGAUUUCUUUGACGACUAUUCAGCUACUACUACUACUACUACUAUAAAUACCAAUACCAAUGCCAAUAAGAACAAAAAAAAUGAUAACAUGGAUAUUUAUAUUAACUAUGAUGCUGAUUUAAAUACCAAUUCUGCUCACGAUUUCGAUAUCCUUAACUACAAAACAAACGAUGACAUUGACAAUGAGUUUUUAGAACAUAUGAACUUUUUAGAAGAAGCAAAAAAAUUCGAUAUGAAACUUCAAUCAACUCCAAUUAAAUCCUCCUUCAAUUUAGAUGAAUCACCCUUAAAGAAAAACGAAAAACAAAAAAUGAACAAUACUCUCAUCAACUCUGUUGAGGAUGAUGUCCUUAAUUUUGCCAAAAUAUCCAACAAAAAUCAAUCAAGAAAAAAGAAAAAUCUUCAUAGACACCACCAACCCAAUCUGCAAUUAAUGGGUCGUACUCACUUGCAUCUAAUACUACAGGACGACACUUGGAAAUUAUUUGAUUGGCUAUUUUUUACUUCAAACUCUCCUCAAACUAUUCAUCAUAUAAAUUAUACCAAUUAUAAACAAAUCUGUUUAUUUAUCUUAAACCUAAUCGACUUGGAUUUAAACAUCAACUACAUAUUACCCUUUAAAAAAACUUACAACAACAAAUUUAAUGACAAACUUUUUCAAUCGUCUCUAAAAGAAUCAUUAAUAUACCACUUAUUAAAUCAAUUGGAAUCGUCUUUCUGGUUUGAAGCUUCCGUUUUACGAGUAUUUAUAAAUUACAAUACUAAACUUAAUAAAAAACUUCAAAAUCUUAUUAAUAUCAAUCCAAUUUACCCAAAUGAUUUAAAUUAUUCAAAUAAUGUUGUCAUUUUUUAUGAAAAACCAAUCUCAGAUCAAGAUAAUAAAAUCAAUAAUAAACCCAAAAACUAUUCAACCGAUUCAAUCAUAAUCAGAAAAAAAUUCUUAUAUAUUCUCUAUAAAUUCUCACUUUACCUUAAUAAUACCAAUUAUUCACAAAAAAAAUUACUAAAUGAAAUUGCAAAUCAUUUUUAUAAUUUGACUUUGUCUGAAUUGUCUGAAUUUUUAAGACUUCCACAAGAUCUAUUUGAUGAUGAACGUUCAAAGACUGAUAAUGAUUUUCAUCUUGAUAGCAUCAACCAUGAAUUACACUUUUUAAUCGAUGCUGCUGAAUUAACUCUAUUUAAACUAACAAACAAAUUCACCUGGAAUAGAAGAAAGUUUGACUCAUUAGUUGAUCUAUACUUCAAAUUGGAUGAUAUUCAAUCAAUAGACUUUAUCACUCAAGAAUUAUUUUUCAUGAAAAUCAUCAAUAAUAAUAGCUAUGAUGAUACAGAUUUUGAUCCUUUUUACAAACAAUCCAUUGAAAAGAUUAACUAUUUGAUAUGGUGGAUUUUUGAUCUAUGGUUCAGUAUGCAAUUCAACUAUAAACUUAAAAAAGAAUCUGAUUUCGAUAACUUUACAAAACUUUUAAGUGAUAAAAAAGAAAUCUUAAUCAGAUCCGCUCAAGAUGGGGAAUCAGAGAGAAUUAAUAACGCUAAGGACGAAACCGGUUCGGAUUUAACAAACCCAAGAUAUAUUAGUGAAGGCAUUCAGGAUAUUUUUUCAUUUUUCUUUUAGUGUUGGUUGCUUUACUCUAAUAUGAAUUAAUGUAUUGAUCACUUUUUCAACUGCAAUAAUAUGCCAUGGUACAAUACUUUUACCACCAUCAUUGUAAACUCCAGCAAUGCUGGAGUAUAAACUUAGAUUUCUUAACUGAAUCAAUAAUGUUUUUAAUAAAUUUGUGGAAAUCAAAUUAGAUGGGCAACUUAAUAAAUUAACUUCAAAUAUCAUCAAUUUUUUAUCAGAAUCUUUUAAGGGUUUUGCUAGA